CCAAAAGCUUUAGGGUUUUAAAGCACACCCUUAUAAAGCCGUACGUAAUUUCUCACCUCCAUUUCUCUCUUCGUGCCCUAGCUUCUCACACAGCCGUUUCUAUCACAGAGGAGGCGACAGUAUGGUUCACGUUUGCUACUACCGCAACUAUGGAAAGACCUUCAAGGGACCACGUCGUCCUUUCGAGAAGGAGCGUCUCGACUCCGAGUUGAAGUUAGUCGGUGAGUACGGUCUCCGCAACAAGCGUGAGCUCUGGAGAGUGCAGUACUCUUUGAGCCGUAUCCGUAACGCCGCGAGGGAUCUUCUGACGCUCGACGAGAAGAACCCCAAGAGGAUCUUCGAAGGUGAGGCGCUUCUCCGUAAGAUGAACCGUUACGGUCUUCUCGAUGAGAGCCAGAACAAGCUCGAUUACGUCUUGGCUUUGACCGUUGAGAAUUUCCUCGAGCGUAGGCUUCAGACCAUUGUGUUCAAGUCUGGUAUGGCUAAGUCGAUUCAUCACUCCCGUGUCCUCAUUAGGCAGAGGCAUAUCAGGGUUGGUAAGCAGUUGGUGAACAUUCCUUCGUUCAUGGUGAGACUUGAUUCUCAGAAGCAUAUUGACUUUGCUCUGACCAGUCCCUUCGGUGGUGGCCGUCCCGGUAGAGUGAAGAGAAGGAAUGAGAAGUCUGCCUCCAAGAAAGCCUCUGGUGGUGAUGCAGAUGGUGAUGACGAAGAGUAAUUCUAACUCUCACCUGUUUUAGCUAUGGAGCAAUCUACCUUUUGAUCAUUUUGUAGUUUGUUAUUUCUCAGUGGAUUGUUCUGUGUUUUCUUUCGGUUUCUCCUGUCCAACUUUUUACUUAUUGUUUACAAACAUCAUCUCUUAAAAAGUUUUGUUUCUUUCUUA